GAUGCAUGAGAAUGCUUAAUCUUUAUAUGAAUAUGUUGUUUUUAGCUUUUUUUGAUGCGAUAAUGCAAGGGUUUCUAGGGCACCUCUUAAUUCUAGGCAGAAUAGAAUCACAUAUGUAAUGGUUAUGUAUCAGGUCAGACUCGUCCUGAUUAGUCUUUUGAUGAUUUUGUUUACAUGUUGAUAGGCUAUUACAAAAGCUAGCCUACUGUACACUUGCAAGAUAUGGAUGAUUUCCCUAAAUAGGAAUCUGACACCAAGUGACGCGGUGAAUUAUGUAGGAUAUAAAAACAGUUUUAGCUCAGCUAUUGAAGCAAUUCGUUUUAUUCAACACUUGAUUAAAUAUCAGAAUCUAGUAUUUAGUGGAAAUGCACAAUGUAUGAUGCGAAUAUUGAAUCUGUUGUUUGGAAUCGUAGGCAUAGAGCAGGUCUUUGAUGUGUCAGUAUAAUGGAAAAACAAUGGGAUGAUCAACCAGCUGAUGGCCACAGAUGUGUGGGUUUUUCAGCAUUUAGUUUAUUUUUCAUUAUCGCUAUAAUAAUUAAUUGAGUUAACAUUAGCGAAUUUAAGUGCGCAUUUUAAUAUAUUCCACGUAAAUGUCUUAGUUUUGUCACAGCGCUUCAUUCACUCCUUUUGCUGUGUGUGCAAAAUCUCUAAAUAGCUGUUCAAUUCAUUUUAGAUCACAAUAUCCGAUGACAUUGCACAUAUGGCAACACUUGUGAAGUAAACUAGCUGUGUGAAGAGUCUAAAAAUAGACAACAAACCUGUGUUUUAGCUUGGUGUGCCCUAGAUAGUCUGCUGUAUACUGUAUGUAGUCGUUAAUGUUUUGUUUUGUGGGUCCCUGACGGUCAGGAGUGUAGCGGUGACUCUGGAUUCGGUUUGUGGGUCGGUCAUUUGAUCGGGUCAGAGAGAGGCGCAGCUGUUGCUGGGCUGGCUGGUUGGGAGAAAGAGAGGACACUAGAAUAGUGCUAAACUGAAACGCUUAAACACAGGUGCAGGGCACUUCUUUUGGCUAUCUAGCACUUUCCAAUCACCUAUUUAACCUAUACAGUAGUGUGAAAACGGUAUUCGUUCCGUCCUAUCGGCUUCUGAGUUUGCGCCCUUGACGAGCAUUCACUUGUCGGGUCUAUUUUUAUCAAGCAUGCAGAAUGUAAACCUGGAAUAUAAACGGGGUCGUACAGAUCUGUCGCCUGUUUACGUGUUACAAUGGCGCUGGAAUAGGCAAGAAUUGCAAGAAAUAUAUUCUGGGCUGAGUAAAUAAGACUCCAGGCCUACUAAAGGGAGGUUAUCUCAAAUAUCAAUAAUGGAAAGGGAGUGGAGCGGUUUCCUUUCAGGGAAGUAGAACUAGAUGGAAAUUAUAAGUGGCUAUUGUUAUGUAAUUUUCAAAUAAUAUUGAAAUCACGUAAUACUAUUGUCUUUAAUUUCUCUUACAAAUAAACCCAAAUUUAAAAACAAGUUAAUGCUGAAGAGAUCUAAGUACAUGCGCAAAUGAGGUAAAACAAGCAAUGAUGUCAUUUUGAUGAAUUUUCUGGUAAGGGAGACUGGGGAUAGUCGUCACACUCUUUAUUGCAGUGAAUAUUUUUAUUGAAGUGUCUUUUUGAAUAUCAAUAAUUCUCCAUUAUUGCCCAGGAGUGAAAAAAACACUUAAUUUAAAGCACAUAGCCUGUAAGUUGUCACAAUUGUAACAUGCUGUUUUUUGAGACUGAUCUGCAAAAAAUAUCUUUUUUGACAAUUUAAUACAAUAAAAUAAAAAAUAAAAACAUUAACUUUCAAAUUUUGAAACAAUUCAUAAAACAGAACAGAAAAGGUAACAUACUACAUAAAUUUGAUUAAAUAAAAUUGCAUAUAUUUUAAAAUACAACACAUAAAACUAAUGAUUACACUGAGUGGUUGCAGUAAAGAUGAAACACAGCGCAGCGAUCUUUAUUUAAUAUUAUACGAACUCAAAAUAACAAAAAUAUUAAAAAAAUCUCAAAAUACGAAUGGUACAACCAUCAAACAUUGAUGAGAACAGAACAAAGAAUGACUGAAAACAAGCUCUAUCAAGGUUAAGAGGAGAAAACAAGAAACAGGCUCAUAUUUGGUACCCUCUACCCGGCAUACUCCUCAUAUAAAGCUGUUAAAUCAAAAGAUGUGAGAGAAUAUGUGAAAUGGAUGAUGUACUGGAUAAUAUUUGCACUUUUUACUACAGUAGAAGUGAUUACUGAUAUCUUUUUGUGCUGGCUCCCAUUCUACUAUGAGCUCAAAAUUGCCUUUGUCGUGUGGUUACUUUCCCCGUACACAAAGGGAUCCAGUGUCCUAUAUAGAAAAUUUGUCCACCCUACACUGUCCUCUAAGGAGAAGGACAUCGAUGAAUACCUUUGCCAAGCAAAAGAUAAAAGCUACGACACCCUGGUGCAUUUUGGAAGGAAAGGCCUGAAUGUGGCAGCUACAGCUGCAGUAAUGGCUGCCACCAAGGGCCAGGGCGUUCUAUCCGAGCGACUUCGCAGUUUCAGCAUGCAGGACCUGUCAUCUUUCCAGGCAGAGGGCCAGGCAAAGAAUGCAAGUUCUGUAACCACUCAACCUGCAGCCGCACAGCACAGGACACGCACCAUGAUGCGCAGCAAAUCAGAGACUGGUUACAGCAAGGGCCAUGAUUUUGACAUGACCGAAUAUGAGAUGUUCAGCUUGGAGCAAUAUGCAUCUAAGGAGCAUCCUGGCCCGCUGACUCCCACACCCAUCCCGACCCCAUCGCAGCCCACUGUGCCUCAGCCUGAGCCCACAACUCCACUGCUUUCUCCCCCUGAGUCCUACCAGGAUAAAUCCACAUCCCCACCUGUAGCCUCAGAGGAGCCUCAGGAUAAGGAGGAAUUUGCCUCAUCUGCUUCACUCCAAUUCAGAUUUAAGAGGCGUGCCCCUGAGCCUCCUCCUAGAUCCCUAAGACCUGUCACCCGAUCCAGAUCAAAGAACGCCCUCUCUUCAGACACUGAAGCCAUGUGACUGUGCAUAUGCUGCGGGAGCGCUUUAGCUGUCUAACCUGCAACAUGAGGAGACGCAACAAGAGAAGGCAAAAAAAAAAAAAAAAGGAAUGCAGCCAAAAUGUUCAAAUAUUCAAAAGCAGCCUUGCUCUGUAAUGAGGUAACCAAAGCGAUGUGCAACCCUUUCGCUUCUGAUCUUUGACACUCAAGGGGGAGGGUAUCCAUUUAGGCAACACAUUUGUGUACAUACUGCUGCUCUGAGACUCUUUUGGGGUUGUUAAACUUGUUUUGUACAUAUUUAUGAUAUGUUGGAGUUUAGAUUGUUUGAUUUCUUGGUAUGAUUUUGGGAGAAACAAAUGCAUGCAUGUCCCUCUGGUUUUAUUAUGACCACGUUCACACAGCAGCAGAAUACGGUUGUCAGUCCUGUAUUUGAGUCCUUAAUACGGUUACGUUCACACACAGUACGGUUAUUUACGGGAGUGACAACCGCAUUCUAUAACCGAACUCACACCCGUAUAUUUUCAGGACUCACAUCCGCAUUCUCGGAAUAUUCGUUGUUGUGUGUGUGGCUUCACUUUCUGUAACUUACUGCGAUAGAGAUGUGAGCUGCGUGUCAUCUGAAGGUGUUAGAUCCAGUCACUGUUCUCCACCGGAGCGGCUCCCGUCAGUUUUGUGUUUCUUUUCCAAAUUCAAAUGCCGUGUCAUGCGCGAGACGUCGCAAAGGACGUGACACGCAUGUGCAACGGUUACAGACUCCGGCCAGCGCGUGUUUACAUGCUGCUGCUGGUUAAUGAAGUUUGAAGGAUGAACUCGCCGUUCAAUUAGUCUCUUGUCAUGUCAGUAGUGAUAAGACUUUUCAGUUUUAUGGACGUCGCCAUCUUUAAUAUUACGUUGUUCACUGUCGUUAUGGUUACUAGUAGCAAAAUACGGGCUUGACUCUCGUUGCACGGUUAUACAGGCAGUGUUCCAGAGUCCAGUGUUGCCAAUUUAGGGAUUUUGUCACUAAAUUUAGUGACUUCUUGCCCCUUUUGAGACUUUUUUCAAACGUUUAGGGACAAAUCUAGCAACAAACCUUAUCUAGAUUCUUAUUUUGCCCACUGAUCUCUAUCAAAGACUAUAGAAUAACACAAGACAUGUCACUCGUAUUGUUUUAAAUGGGAGAAAGUGUAACGCUCAAUAUGGCGGAAUAAGUCCCGCCUUCAAAAUAAGAGCCAAUCGCCGACCUGUAAAGUCAUCCCGUCACUGCAGCGACCGUUAGAAGCACCGGUAUCUAUAGAAACAGUCAGACGCGCGCCUCAGAAAUGAGGCACAAGAGACGCGCAUUUAGGUCUAUUAGCUUGCAUUAGCAUUAGCUUGAUCCAGCCUAAAUACUGUUUUUUUUUGUCAUGAUUUGAGCAUUUGGAAAAAAAAAAUUAUGAGACAGUUGUUGUCAGAUUUCAUUGGUGAUUUCAAAUAUGAAAUUUAAUCGAAAGCUUGGCAAACAGCUUUGGAGAAUUUGAUGUUACCCCAUUCAAAGAGAUAGGAGCUGCAUGAUGCCCAGGAUGCCCGAGAGGCGUUUCAAAGAUGGCCGCCGAGUGAAAUGACUUGUCUUAAAGGGACUUUGUCUCUAUUCAUAUUUAUAUAGAUCAAUGAAUUUGCCAUUAUGAUGUCAUCUAGUGACAUUUAGCUACCAGUUUGAGCUACUUUCAAUUGAAAGCAGUUGGCAACACGCUACUGUAAGUUACUAUGUGAACGAGACAUUUCAAGACUCACACCUGUAAGUAAACGCGGUUGUCAAUCCCAAAAACUGACAGUGUGAACGUGGCCGUGUCUCAAGUCACCCAACCAUAAUGACUUAUUGUUUAUGGGCAUACUUUAUAUUUAGGGGGGCAACAACCCUCAACAACUACUGGGUAGCAAGAUGUUUCCAAACUAGUCCUUCUUAGAACAAUAGUUCUUAGCAAAAAUGUACUGCACUGAUAUGGUUGGUGUGUUUGACAAACAUUUAUUUAAUCAUUUAUGUAUAAACAAAUGCGAAGGUUCUUCUGAAGAGAGGUUCUUUUUAAAACAAACUCGUAGUUGAACCAAAUUACGGUAUUGAUUACAAUGCCUGACAUGAUUUAUGAUUUAAAAUAGAUGGACAAAGUGCAAUGGAUUUUACAAUUCUGCUAAACUAUCAAUAGUUCAGCCAUAACUUCAUUAUAUAUUUAGUGCAUAUAUAUAUAAAAAUGCACUAAAAAAAGCUUUCCUAGACCGAAAGAGGCAAUUAAAUUGAUACUUGUUUGUCGACGUUCUUAUUUUACUUCAUUACUUUAAUUAUUAUUAGACAUGUACAGUAUUUUUAGCAUUUAGAAACCUUUCAAAACAUGGCAUUUUUAAGUCUUUAAACCAAAUCUGUUUAUUUCUUAGCUGGCUUCUUAAACCUCUUCAGUUGCUUGAUGUUGCAUGUAUUGACAUUGACAAUUUGAAUGUGUCUCACAUUAUUGGCCUCCACUUUCUGAGCGUGUGUUAAAGUGUUAAAGUACCUUAUCAGAGUUGAGCAGGCAUUAGUGGUGAUUUGGUACAACACAAAGCGGGUCCUUCACUCUAUGUAGUAGUUUUACUUACUUUUGUAGCAUUUAUGAAUUUAAUCAUAUGUGGGAGAUACAAAUGUCUGAAAACACUGUGCAAUUACACUAGCAUGUAUCACAGAGAAACUCACAGUUUGGUGUUGUUAUCAUUCCUGAUCACAGUCGAGUGUAUUUGAGUCACUUAGAGCUGUAAAUCUCUAUGUCAUGGAGAGGGCAGCAGUGUAUCAACUCUCAAAAGCAUUUCACUAUGGAAAGGGUUUCACUAUGUGUUUUAUACUGUGAAAAUGAUGACAAUCCUAAUCUCAUAAACAUGCUUCGUCAAAUUAAAGGUUCUAAGUAUUUGAUAUCUUGUAGCUGUUCAAAUGGUUAUAUCAAACUUCACUGAAAAAAAUAUCUGCCUCAGGAACAGUUUUUGUCAUUUUAUCACAAUUUUAUUUACACUUGUGAAAUUAUCUACAGUGUGAACUAAAAAAAAAAAUCAUUGGAAUAGUGAUAAUCUGGUUGGCGUUCUUUUUGUUGCCUUUGUGUUUCAAGUUUUAACAGCAAGAUCAAAAUGCAGCAUUUUUUCUCUAUGGGUAUGAUUAUAAAGUGCUCUGUGGAACCAUCUUUGGCCUUUUAUAAAUAUAAAAACUGUUGCUUCUUUAAAUAUUCAGGUCAUUAAAGGCACAAACUUUGAAAUUUCUUACCAUGUGAAGAGCAGUGUAGUUGCUGAUUUUGGUCUUCUGUCAUUCAGUAGGAGAAUAUACAGAAUAGCUAUUUAUGAAGCAGUGUUAAUUUUGUUGACGAAUAAUUAUCGCCAUAAUUUUCUUCAACGACAUUUUUUCACUGAUGAAAAUAAUGACGAGAUGAUCAUGACUAAAUAAAAAACAGUUUUGAAUGACAAAAACUAUGAAGAAAAUCUAUUGAAAUUUUCGUCAACAAAUAAAAAAAAAGAGACGAAAAUGUCAGGGAGGGACGAUGUGGGAAGAGAUCCUGUCAGACUCAGAAGAAUGGAUGUCCUGCAUGGUAGAUGAGCACAUUUGAAUUGUAACGUGCCCGAUCCACCCAGCGGAGAUUAAGUUAGCAUACACUUGCUGCAUGUUUCAAACGUUUAAAAAUGUAAACGUCCGGGAGAAAGAGUAGUGCAAACAUAUGGAUAUAUCUGAAAAAGCGUGACAACUCAAUUCAGUCCAAGAAAGCCACAGAAAGCCACCUCAAACAGCACACAAGUACUGAAUUGAGUUCUCUUUCGUGUCUUUUCGCACUUGAAUGGACAAAUACACACAAAACUAUGUCAAAAUAUCUGUUUUGGCAAGUAUUCACGUAAACACAGUCGGUUAUGUCUUAAGUGAACAUAAUAUUAUAAUAUGAACGUAAUAUGAACUUAAACAAUUUUAGUAUUACGGAGCCCCUAAAGGGACAUGGUGAUGAGGGGAAAAAAAAAUAUGAGAUGGGAGGAAAAAUUAUAUUUCAAUGCUUUCGCAUUCUCUCACAAAUGUUUUGCGUUCCCCCAAGUAACUUUGUGUUUGCUCGCAAAAUGUUUGCUUUCCCCUGAGAAACAUUGCCUUCUCUCUCAAAAUGUUUGCGUUUGCUCGUAAAACUUUCUCGGGGGCACGCUUAACUUUUGCGAGAGAACUCAAAUGCAUUGGAAUAUUUUUUUCCCUCUUAUCUUGGAUUUUUUCCAUCACCAUGUCCCUUUAGGAGCUCCGUAGUAUGUCGACAAAAUGGUGUUAAAUUUGAAUCUCGUCGACUAUUUUCUGCAUCUGCAAUUUUCGAAUAUGAAAGUGAGACAUUACACAUGCAUGGUUAAUCAUGUCAGAUGAAGAUGUUUUUAAAUUCAGGGACUUAAGUAGAGGCUGUGCCUUUAAAGACUAUUAAAGUCCUGGCUGUCUGUUAAAAAACAUUUGAAGCUGAAAUAAUAUCAUGUAUUUUUUAGUUGUUUGUGCCAGGUUGUUCAGAGUAGGAGUAAAAUUGUCUUCACUAUCCUCUUAAAAAUAUAAUAGCUUGCAGCAUCUUCAUAUUCUACAGCUGUCAUGUCUGGCAGGCCAGAAUAUACUGUAUGUCAUUGUUCAAGUCCUUUAUUGAAUAAAUCUUGAGUGAAAAAGACAGAAGUUGAUGUAAAAGAGUAAAAUCUCUGUUUAAAAAAACUUCAAAAUGUAUUGAAAUUCAGAAAUUAAAAGGUGAACGUGAAA